AUGGCGAAGAAGACCUACGAUUUGUUGUUCAAAUUGUUGCUCAUCGGCGACAGCGGUGUCGGCAAAACGUGCAUACUCUUUCGUUUUUCCGACGACGCCUUCUCGACGACGUUCAUAUCGACCAUAGGAAUAGAUUUCAAAAUCAAAACUGUAGAAUUACGGGGCAAAAAAAUAAAACUUCAAAUAUGGGAUACUGCUGGUCAAGAGCGGUUUCACACUAUCACAACUUCUUAUUACAGAGGUGCAAUGGGUAUAAUGUUAGUGUAUGACAUAACAGCAGAAAAAUCUUUUGAAAAUAUUGUUAAUUGGUUGAGAAAUAUUGACGAGCAUGCAAGUGAAAACGUCGAAAAAAUGAUCUUGGGAAAUAAAAGCGACAUGGAAGAUAAACGCGUUGUGAGUACUGAAAAGGGAGAAAAAAUCGCUAGAGAGCAUGGCAUACGUUUUAUGGAGACAUCAGCAAAAGCCGACAUCAACAUCGAUCGUGCCUUCCGUGAAUUGGCAGAAGCAAUAUUUGACAAAACGCAAGGCAGAGAUCCUCACGAUGCACCAGACCGCGUACAGGUCGAUCGCAGACAAGAAAAGACAAGCAGUCGUUGCUGCUGAAUCAGUUUCAUACUACAUCGUUACCGCUGAUAAUAACUGACCGUUGUUCACUAUGAUUUACACAAUUACGCUAAUAUUGCAGCCAGGAGCUGUCUGUAGUCAUGCUGAAGAAACAAAGCAGACGCACUACCAAUCAUAAAUUAGAUAUCCAAGUUCAAAUACUCACUGAUUCUCUUAUUAACGAUGCGUUUAAUAGACGAUUAAUGCGUCGAUGAAUAAACGCGCAAUAAGCUACCAUACUUGCUUUAGUUUCGGCCGAACAAAUUUUAAUACUCUUCUAUCUUAAGCUUGUUCUCUUUUCUAUAACUUCUUUAACUGUGUUUACGCUCGAUAUUGUUCGUUUCUACUUAUAUAUUGUAUUAAAAACGAUGAAACACGAGUGAAUGUGCGCAUAUCUCAUUAUUAUUCAUAAAUGUAUUGUCGCACACAUGCAUUGAAUCUCUUCACGAAGAAAUACGCCUUGUAUCAAUGCGGUUUGUUUCGAUUUUUGCUCUUACAUUUAUAUAAUAUUACUGCUAGCAAUCACAUUAACAAAAUAAAUUCGCGUUAACUAUAUAUUAAUAUUAAUAUGAUUAACUCACGUAAGACUGUUCUCGAUGACAAUGUAGGAGGUUGUAUUGUGAUUUGUUGUAUAGAAAGUAAGAUUUUUCGUAAUAUUAAUGUACAAUUGAGCUGAUACGCGAUCGAUGUCGUAAAAUGUAAUGAGUAUUACUUAUUUCAAUGUCGUUUUCACCUUAAAAAUAUAUGAAAAGACUUCUUGAUGGAGAAUGAUUUUCUCUGCAAGUUUUUUUGUACAUUGUAUAGUUUAAUCAUCUAAAGAUCAUUUUGUACCAUUCACGAUGCUAUACAACUCAACAUGAAAAUUGAGCUUAUGCGAAAAGUAAGCCAACAAAAUUCAUAUUUUUUUAAUAUUUUCGGUAGAUAAAAAUACUUAAUUCAUAAGUA